AAACCAGAAGUUCAUCUGGCCUCGAGCUGAGCGGAUGCAGAGAUCGUUCAAAACUAGCGCGACUCUCCCCGAUACUUCGUGAUUCUUCCCGAUAAAGAAGCUCUUCAUAGGGAAUUAGUGUAGUCUUGUAGUGCAUCCUUGUUGUAGAUCCCUAACACCAAACUCCUUGAUCCUAGCUUGCAUGCAUUUCGUGUUAGUCCUUUGUGUUUGUGCCUGGUUCUUGUUCGCCCAUCGUCCAAGUCUCGUGAAAUUAACUCGCCCUUUUGGCAAGGACAUAGUUCAUAAACAACCCACAAAAAUGGAGGCCGCAAACUCCCCCACAACACCAACCACAACCACCGCAUCCCGAGUGUCUGUCUCGAGUCCUUCGCCAGCGGCCAGCACCAGCAGUAAAAGUCAACCUGCCUCCAGCUGCCCAGCAUCUGGCACAGUAUCCGCCACCGCAUCUGCAUCCGCCGCUGCCACACCUCCUGCCCCCGUCACACAAUCGCAGCUCCUGACCACGAAUCUGGAGGUGGCCAAGCAGGAGGAUCUGUAUAAUCUUUCGUUGGCCAGUGGCUUAUCUGAGGGUCAACGAUCGCUAUCAGGAGCUCCCUCGGCCUCCUCCAGUCCCAUUCUGAGUCCGCAGGGCAAGAUCUUUGGAAGGAAUGCAAAUGGCACAAUGAUCACCACAUCGCGACCGAGCAACGAGGCAGAGGUGCAGCUGUACCGAGUGCUCCAGAGGGCCAGUCUUCUGGCCUACUACGACACACUCCUGGAGAUGGGGGGCGACGACGUGCAGCAGUUGUACGACGCCGGCGAGGAGGAGUUCCUUGAGAUCAUGGCACUGGUUGGCAUGGCCUCCAAGCCGCUCCACGUCCGCCGUCUGCAGAAGGCUCUUCACGAAUGGGCCAACAAUCCGGGCCUGUUUCACGGACCUCUGCUUCCGCAUCUCGGUCUUUGCGAAACCCCGCCCAAGCCAGCGUUGGUCUUCAAUCCAGACGCCACUCCUGCCCUGCCCCGUCAAAAGUUUCCCUCCUUUAAUCCCGCAGGUUCCUCCUUUCAGCAUGCAUCGGUAACGCCGGCUCCUGUUCUGGCUCCUGCCUCACUUCCCGCUUCUGCCCCCGCAGCCAUGAUCACCCAGAUCAGUUGUCCCUCAGCUGUGCCCGUGCCAGUGCCCCUGGUCCUGCCCUCCACCCCGCUCACCAGCAGUCCCCAUCCCCCCGCAAACAGUAGCCUGCCGCCCGUUAGUACCGCUCACCAGGUGUCCUCCAGUUCGCCCCAGCUAACUCCUGUGCUGACGGAGAUGCAGAUCCAGCGGAUCACGCAGUGCGCCGACAAAAUAGCCCGCCAACUGCCGCAUAGGGAGCCACGUGCCCAGACCACUAGAAAGCGAACUACUCGGGAACUGGAGCAGGUGAUCGCCAUGGGGGAAAAUGAUCCCCGGCGCAUGGACGAGAUCCGUAAGUACUCGGCCAUCUACGGCCGAUUCGAUUGCAAGCGGCGGCCCGAGAAGCCCCUUACUCUACACGAGGUUUGCGUCAAUGAGGCGGCCGCUCAGCUCUGCCGGAAUCCGCACACCAUCUGGCUGCUGACCCGCCGGGAUGAGCUCUUCCCGCUGGCCCGUCAGAUUGUCAAGGAUGCUGGAUUCGGCCAUUCCGCCAGCAUUGCCCGGUAUGGAGGCCUUCUGGCUCAGUUGCCGGGCAGUUGCCAGGCAGCCGGAGGGGGUGGAGGACGCGGAUCGAGCAGCAUUCCUCCCAGCGACACGGACUGCGAGUCAAGCGAUGCCUCCAUGCCGCCCAAGAGGCAGCGACUCUCCUCCACGGAGGCCGCUCAGAUGCCCCUCGACUUGAAUCGGGAAGCUGUCGAGGACUCGCGCUACAAUUUAUUCGCCAUGUACCAAAAGUUUGCCAAGCCGCCUUUUGACUUGACCGAGAUCGCCAAGUUUUCUCUUGGCAAAACUGCCGACUACGAGGAUAACGAUUCGCGAUUCUCCUUUAGCAACUCCAGUUCGCCGACCAUGCCAACGCCCUGCAAUGGAGUGGAAAGUGAGCGAUCGCCAGUUUCCCGCCACAUGGACACAUCCCCCACGCCAAGGGAGUCCUCAAUGGAUCUAAGUGGCUCGACUUCAGGCUCAGUUCUCCGGGGUGUUCAGGUUAUCUCUGCUGCCGGGGACAACAUCAUAGCGGUGGCGAAUCCCGCCCUCGCCCUCAGUCCCACAUUGAACGAGGUUCUGACCCUCAAGCGGAAUGCCGCAUCUCCGGAAGCCUAGCUCUAGGAUGGGGCGUCAGGCUCAACUUAGUGCCACAUCCAAACUAUUAUAAUUCCAGUGCAAUUCACUUAGCAUAGAUUCGUCCAGGAGGAAAUUUUGUUUUAGGCAUCUGAAGUCAAU